CUGUGAUGGCUUACGACCGUUUUGUGGCGAUAUGCUACCCUCUGCGCUACAACCUGAUCAUGAAUCGUAAUGUAUGCAUCCAGUUGGCUGGGAGCCUAUGGGUCAGCACCUUCAUUAUUACCAUUGUCCCCUUUUUCACCAUGCAGGCAACUUUAUGUGGGCCAAACGUGGUGAAUCAUUUCAAGUGUGAACUGCAGGCAGUGUUGAAACUGGCUUGCUCUGAUACCCAUGCCGGUGGAAUUAACAUGAUAAUAACCAGUGCCAUUACUCUAGCUUUACCCUUUUUCUUUAUCCUGGUGACCUAUGGCCGUAUUGGAUUCACUGUUUUGCGUAUCCAUUCGACACAAGGUCGGAGCAGAGCCUUGUCCACCUGUGGAUCUCAUCUCACUGUAGUGAGCAUUUAUUAUGGCACCAUCCUGGCCAUGUAUCUGAGGCCUCAGGCCAAGACAUUCUCCAAUAGGGAAAAAGUAGUGGCAGUCUUUUAUGGUGUUGUGAUCCCCAUGUUAAACCCCAUCAUUUACAGCCUGAGGAACAGGGACGUGAAGGGAGCCUUCUGCAGACUGGCUGGGAAGAAAGCAGAGGAACCAGGUUGA